GACACACUAGCCCUCAGCUUUGCGCGAGCUAAGCUUGCUUGAUCUCCCGCGUACCGGUGCUCAGCACGCUCGUCGGACCACCCACGCACCGCUCGUGACGAGACGCCUGGCUGGCGGUGAUUCCUCGCGCCGGGCUAGCACCUUGAUAGCGACACCACUGCGAGACGCCGUCGCCGCGAACGCAGCAACAAAUGACGACGACCGCCGAGGCCUGCGUCGAGGCCUACCUCCAGGAGCAAGCCAAACAGCAACCGGUCGACAAGAAAACAAAAAAACAAAGGGCCGCGCUGCGCAAGCAGGUCGAGGCGCUCUUCGCCGACGACGCGCUGUUACUGCUCGGCCGCGCGCAAUUAUCGGAGAUAAAUGCCGCGGGCAAGUAUGCGUUACCGCUGAGCGAGCUCGCCGCAUUGCCACGCUUGAAAUCUCUCCUCAAGAACCAGGACGGAGAAGCCCUGAUCCGCGCCGCGCUGGAGGACUCGGAACUCGUCUCCAUCAGUGACGCGUGCGUCGAGCGGCCCCUGGCCCAGGACCUCGUGCAGCAGUACGACGCGCAAUUGAGGAGACACGUCUCGUACAUCUUCUCGGACGACGGCCUCCAGUCCUGCCCGCCCGGGAAGUUGAGAAGUAUGCUCGACGAGGACGAAAAUACGUUGUUCCUGCCGCUGGCUUCCGUGGUUGACAUCAAGAAGAUCAAAGAAUUGUUAAAAAACGAAGCUGACAAAGUAGACGCGUGCCGCGCGGCGAUCGACGCGGCCGAGCCGGGCACGCUCAUCUGCCGCGUCGAGGAUCAUGAACAGGGGCCGAGAGUGGUAAGGACGCAGGACCUGCCUGAUGAAAUUUGGGAGUGCGUUUUUCUGCGUCUUCUUUUGUUCUAUGUGUUUGGCGGCGCCUCGACGGCGUUCCCGCGCGACGGCGUGUUGUCAUCGUUCCACGGCUGAGCCUACGGAAAAGUCCCGCGGCCGCCCUCGCGGCUACGGCUGAUCCCGCGGCCGCGCCUCGCGGCCGUUGAGCCUGUGGCGAAGCGCCCAGCAUCUACCCCACCGUCACGCCGUCGCCGCGACCCGCAUCCGCGCGCAGGCUCCUCGAGUCGAACCCCGCCGGCGGCCGCGCCGUCGCCGUCACGAACAUUCGAGGCAAGGACGCGCCGGCUUUGAGAUUAGCCUUCGCCAAGGUCGGGACCAUCGAGGCCGUCGAGCUCGGCGAGGACGAGCGCGGCGCGCCGACGGCGUCGAUUAUUUUUGACGAGGAACUCGGGGCGAUCCGCGCCGUCGAGGAAUUGAACGACGAGGACAACUGGCGCUUCGGCAUGCGCGUCCGAUUAGAAUCGGGCAUGGCGCCUUCUGCAGCAAGGAAGGCCGCCGGCCUGCCACCCCGGCCCAAAGAAAAAAAGCCCCAGUUCAACGAGCGCUGCGCGACCGAGGGCUCGAGCCGCGCGGCGGCGCCGCCGCCUCCACCAAUACCCGUCGUCCCCGUGCCCGUGAUUGUGGAGGAGAUCCCCGAGGGCCGGCAGCGCGGCAAGCUCGUUUAUUUGAAGGAAGGUUUGUGUUUCUGUGUCCGCGGCUUCCAUCGACGCGCCGUCACCGCGUUUCCAACCGCAGGCAAGUUCGGCUUCAUCCGGCCGCGCGACGCCAAGUCCAAGGACGACCACGCGUUUUUUAACAUGAACGAGCUGUGCGUUUUUCCGCGUCCCUUUGUCUGCGCACUCUCGGACGCCUGCGCCUGCGACAACGCCAUCACCGAUGCCUCGUAGCCCCCCCGACGCCAUCGCCGCGACCGCGCCUCUCCUCCGCAGGCCGAAGAACCUCAAGCUCAAGCUCGGCGACUACCUCGAGUACACGCCCGCGACGGGCGAGCCCAAGAACGGCGCGCCGGGCAAGCCGCGCGCGACGAAAGUGGAAAGGGCGCCGCGGCCAAAGAAGCCGUCGAAGAAGCAGCUCGAGGACGCGGCCGAGGCGGCGCGCGUCGCGGCGCUCGCGGCCGCCGCGCUCGAACGACGGAACGCGCCGCCCGUGUCGAAGCUCGAGGCCCUCGCGCUGCGCGUCGAGGAGCGGCGGUCGACGUCCGAGAGCGCCGAGGUCGACGAGGCCGAGGAGCGGCCGGACCGGCUGCGGUCGCGGCUGCGGUUGAAAGCUAGGUCGGCGUCGGAGCCCGAGCAGCCGUUCUCCGACGUGUCGAAGCUGGCCAAGGGCCCCGACGGCACGACGGGGUUUCUUCGCACGCGGACGAUCAAGCCGUUUGGGUUCUCGGCGGAGGUGGCGGAGUUCGUGCCGUCGUUUUUGCCUGCUGAUCCUCCGCACGGUGGUGGUAACAUAUAUUAGUUGAUAUAUGUAUAUUUUAGAAUUACCUCUGGCGAUUCCGGGCGCCGCGUUCGACUUGCCGGCCAACCGCGGCGCGCGACCGCCCGCCGACCAUGAGCGCCCCCUACUGACUUUUCGUAGCGGGUGACGCACCAGCACCCGCGCCGACCACGCGGUGCGCGACAUUCGUCUCCAGGGACUUCUACCCCACCAGCACGCCAUCGCCGCGAUUUUACGCCAUCGACGCGAUUCAGCAAAACAUCUUGCUUCCGCGACCGCCCGUGUUGAAGCUCGAGGUCUUCGCGCUGCGCGUCGAGAGCGGCCGGACCGGCUGCGGUCGCGGACUCGCGGCUGCAGC